GAGCGGUAGUCUCUGGCGAUGGGCGAGUCGAGCCGAGCUGCUGCUGUCGGCCGAGAACUGUGUUGAGCUGACACUGGCCGCUCGCCUGGUCGCACCGCAAUUCUCGCUCUUUGUCGGGCCGAACUGCCAGCGAUUCGCGGACGAGACGCCGCCGACCAAGAUCUCGCAGGUGCACGAGCGAUGGCCCUCGGCCACCGACAGACAUGAGCAAGGUAUUGGCCUCCCUUGCAAUGGUUGCAGGGGGCAGUCUGGUAGAGGAGGAAGAGGAAGGUGGUCAGGACACAGGCGCCGACCUGGCUCUGGUGCCAUCAAAUGGCCAACCGAGCAGCAGCCGCGAAGGCGACUGGGACCUGAGUCUGCUGGUGGGCGGCUCACUCGGCGGCAAGAACACGUUCCUCAAGUUCAGAUGCAGCGUACUUGCCGAGCGGCCCGACAACCCCCCAGCCUACGCCCUCCAUAUGACAUACAAGACCAUCCAGGCUGAGACCAAAUUGCUGUCGGCCCUGCUGCACGCCCACGGCAUGCGAGAGGUACACCAAAAUAUUCCUGACUUCAAUCUACUGUGGACUGGCAUACACCCAAAGCCACAUCUGCUGCGGGCCCUGACGCCGUAUCAAAGGGUCAACCACUUCCCAAGAUCCUAUGAGUUGACCCGGAAGGACAGACUGUACAAGAACAUUGAGAAAAUGCAGCACCUGAAGGGCCUCAAGAACUUUGACUUCAUUCCGCAGACGUUCGUCAUGCCCACCGACUUCAGGGACCUGUGCUCCGCCCAUUACCGCCAGCGCGGACCUUGGAUUGUCAAGCCGGUUGCGUCCUCCAGAGGCAGGGGCAUCUUUAUCGUCAGCAGCCCUGAACAAGUGCCUCUGGAGGAGAGUCUGAUCGUGGCCAAGUACAUUGACAAUCCGCUGCUGGUCGACGGCCACAAAUGCGACCUGAGGCUGUAUGUGGUCGUGACUUCUUACGACCCAAUGCUUAUCUACCUGUACGAGGAGGGCUUGGUCCGCUUCGCCACCGUCAAGUACGACACGUCUGGAAAACACCUGUGGAACCCCUGUAUGCACCUCUGCAACUACUCGAUAAACAAGUACCACUCUGACUACAUAAAGAGUGACGAUCCUUUGGCCGAGGACGUAGGCCACAAAUGGACCCUGAGUGCCCUUCUGCGUCACCUAAAAAGUCAAGGCCACGACACGGCUCUCCUCAUGCAGCGCAUCGAAGAGCUCAUCGUGAAGGCUGUGUUUUCCUCUGCUCCCCCCAUUGUGGCAGCUUGCAAGCUUUUUGUUCCACAUACCCACAACUGUUUUGAGUUGUACGGGUUUGACAUUUUGAUUGACACGGCUCUGAAGCCUUGGCUGUUGGAAGUGAACCUCUCGCCGUCCCUGGGCUGUGACUCUCCUCUUGACGUCAGGGUCAAGUCAGCCAUGCUCUCUGAUCUACUCACCCUUAUAGGCGUACCUGCUGUUGAUCCAAUGCUGCGACGUGCAAACGAAGGCACCAACAAAACAACUUCCUACUCUCAGGAUUUUCUUAAGAAGCUGAACAAUUGCCGCCGCGUACAAUCUGCAGACACGCUGCCAAAGUCCAAAGGCGCCUCUGGUCGAUUGAGUGCAAGCACGCCGAGCCUCACUCCAGAAGAAUCUCGGCUCGUCCGCAGCGUCAAGGCAGAGUUUGAGAGGCGCGGUGGUUUCGUCCGCAUUUUCCCCUCUUCUGAGAGCUGGCGGCGGUACAGCGCCUUCCUUGAUCCCACGACCGGCGUACCUUGCACCCCUUCCCCCCUCAGCUCCAUCCCUUUCGGCGCCGUGCACAAUCUGAACUUGCUGCUGCAGCGCCACCUUUUCCCUGACCAAAGCACCAGCACCCCCAAGGUGGACCGCCUCAGCAGGUAUGAGCGGGCCCUCCUCAGGGGACACAGGGCGGCGUUCAUGCUUGACGGCGACAAAGGUGUUGGCCUGGAGUCGGCCGAGGACGCCCAACAAGUGAGCGCUCUGAGAGAGCAAGUUCGGCAAUCUCUUGAGAACGGAAACUGCUUAAAUCAAAGUCAGUCUCGUCGAGCGUUUGGAUUGUACCUGGCGACAAUUUUGCGGCGGCUCGCAGGCCCCACCUUCUCUUCCUGCGAGACUCACGCUGAACUUAUUCUCAGGUUCUUACAAAAAGCAUCCUCAAACCUGAGAACUCCAUACUUUGUAAAGGUUCCUAGUCGGAAGUUGGCAGGCAAGGACCGUGUUGCUGUGAUAGCCAAGCAGCUCAAUGACUUCAUUUAUUUAUACAACCGAGAGACCGAUCUCUACGCUGAUGUUGCAGAGGGGCCCAGCAAUGUGCCCUCUCAACUCUUCCAAAGAUUUUUGGCAGUCGCUAAUGAACCUGAGCUGGAAGAGGUGCUGACCCUGCAGACUCGGCUGUACAAAUGCGCGCACAUUUACCUCGGGCGAUGCGGAACGCAGCCAGUGGCCGACCUGAGGUCAGUGGGUCUUCUGAGAUCGCUGCCCGACAUGUCCAACGCGUCUGACUGCGAGUGUGUGCGCAGUCACAAGUCUAUCAAACCGACCGCAACCCUACCGAAACUGCAAGUGGCCCGCCGACCAUCGCCCAGCGGCCACCAAAGACCGCCACAGGUCAAGUCACGCAGCCUCGACAGCCAGACACCAGACAUUGAAGAAAAGAGCAAGCCUGGCGAUACCAAGGUCGAGCUGCCAAAGAAGAUCAUCACAAUUGGUGCCAAUGUGCUGCCAAAGCAGGAAGACGAGCAGAUAAGGCAGCAGGUGUUUGGCAUGCGGAAGAGCAUCAGCCUUCAGGAGGGUGCGUACAAGAGAGCGCAGCGAAUGGCCACCGAAGACGACAUCAACAUCCUGAGCCUGGAGGCAAAGGGGGCGAAAGAGCGCCUCAGCAGGGACCGCAGCAUCAGGAUCGAAUUUGUCAGGAGCAAAAAGCAGAGUUCGCCGCGCAACCGACGCUCCUUGUCCGGCGACAGCAUCAGGGAUGAGAGUCUGGUGGGCGGUGCCCCGCCUAAGGGGAAGUCGCUGCCCUUCCCCAGCGGCCACAGGUCGCUGCCACGGCUCGCUGGAGCCUUCAAAACCAAGGAGGAGGAGGAGGCGGUCGUUCGCAGGCUGCUCCAGCCGCUCAGGCGAGACUAGCAGUCCUGCUCACAGGGUUGCCAGCCGGCCAGUUCCUUUUCAUUUCUAUUGUUGUGAUACUCAAGGUUGUGUGUGUUUGUCUUCAGGACUAAUCAAACAGUAAAAUAUGUAACUAUUAAGCUCUCAGCUUUGCUCCGGCUACAUUUUGCAACCUUGUAAUUCCUUUAUCUGUUCUAAUACUGGCCCUGGCAACCCUGCACAUAUUUGUUUUUACUGCCAAUAAAUUUCUUUUGAUCUUCCCAUUGGUAGAGGCUAGAGAAUACUUCACAUUGUCGCACACUGAGGAGUGCACUCUUGAUUGAAAAAUAUUGUGAUGAUACUGGUCUUAAUUGAGUAAGAGAGCAAUAGUUGGUACUAUUGCACUAACAACAAUAUUGCCUUUUGUCACAAAUCGAAAUAAAUUAAAAAAAUCGCCGCUUUUGAGACAGAAACUGGAUUGACUGAUGAAGCUCAAAUAUUGGUAAAUCGGUUUUGCAAGUUAGUGUGUCUUUGUAAGAAUAGUUUCUGUCUCUGUGUUACAUUUUGUAGAGUACAUUGAAAGCAGGAGAAAAAUGAUACACAAUGGCAAGCAAGAGGGCGCAGCUACCAAACCACCUUCACCUUUUAUGUUCAAUGAAACGUCUUUUCCUUUUGUUUGUGAUCUAUGUUGAUUAACGUGAAGAAUAUUUAAAAAUAUAUCAUCAACUUAAGCAGCAUUUAAGAGUACCUUAUUUUGUUUUCGUUAUUUUUUCUGAGUUUCAGAUAUUUUAUCCAUUUGAAUAAGAAUAUAAUGUGCCACCACAAUAAAACACCUUUUUACCUGUGAGGAAAGCAUUAUUUAUGUGUAUGAACCACACACGUUUUGUGAUUAAGAUGUGCUGCCAUAUAGUUGCAGAUUUGUAAUUAAUAUAUGUACUUUUGUGGUGAGAACGGAUUGGAUUAGUUGACAUGGAGAUUGGGCCUGUGAUCACUCGCCUUCGGCGAGGCCAUUUUAUUAGCGCAGAAAACACAAGCAGCUCUGGCAAAUGAUAUAAUAUUAGAAUAAAAUUAAUUAUAUGCGCGUAAAAUAUGUAUUAUCACAAAAAUGCACACAACAGAAUGAAUUGUAACGCAUAUUGCGUGCGUAUGAUUAGGGAAAAGGUAUUUUUCUUGAGAAUAUAUCGAUAAAGAGAGCACCGCAAACAAGCAUAACUAUUACAUGUUUCGUGUGGAGCAGCACUAACUGGGAUUCGGGUUUGUGUCAGUAUUUUUCCUCACGAGGGGACGACGAGCCUUAAAAUAAUUAUACACACAAUUUGCUUCGUUUUGACAGCUCCUUUUUUGCAAAAAUCAACAUGCCUUUCACAUUGAAUCAAAUGCUUAAAUGAAAGAGCUUUCUUCUGUGUAAUCCUCCCACCGUGCUAUCCAUUUUAACAACUCACUUCUGUAUCUUCGAAAAAAUUGAAAAAAAAAACAUUCUCGUGUAUUGUACUUACAAAACUUAUCUAAAAAAAAAAUACUACUCUGCCAUCCACGACGGUUUCAACUUUAAACCGAUUUGUAACUCCACAAAUCAUCUUCUAUGUAUAAAAUCCUCAAGCCAAAGUUGAAAAUAAAAAAUGGAUGAAAAAUCCUAAAAA